AUGCAACGUCCCAUGAUGAAGUGUCUUGAAAAGUUAGUGCAGGCACCGAUAAAUUUGCUGGGUAGGUGUUAUGGUGAGAUAGCUCGACCUGCUCCAGACCAAGAAAUCACCAAGCCGAAUGUCAACCUCAUCGACCAGUAUAGUUGUAUGGAUCCAAUCAUGGCCCUUUCUUGCCCCAAACAUCGUGUUAUGGGGCUGACGGUCCGCCAACAAAGCAGGUAUUUGUCUGAGACGAUUGUUUUUUUGCUACCACGGGAAGUCCACCGCGUAGCUAAAAAACUGACUGGAGGCAGUCUGAUAAUGCCGCCCCAGAUAAGAUCUGUGCUAGUGUCCAGAGACGUUGAGCUGGUGUGA